CUUCAUGUGGUUUGACCACGUUAAAACCCGGAAGGUAUCACAUACUUUUUCAUUGACUAUGCUCUAUAAAUCGGGGAGUGAGUGCGAAGUAUAAUUGUUUUAGAGACCCGGUUUCGUUUAAUUUCUUACGAUAAAACUGUCACAAAGACCGGUGCUUAUGCCAUCAAAAUGGAUGCAAAGGGGCCACUUUUUGGCAUCUUCUUUAUAAACUUCACAAUUUUUCAUCGUGUGAAAAUCGACCUUGACGAGGUAGACUGUUUAUAAAACCGAUGACAUUGCCCUAUACAACAGCAAAAACAACAUUGAUAUUAUUUGAAAACAACGGUGAUUUAGAACAUGCAACAUCUUUUAUUUCUCGGUGUGUAUCUACAUCUGGGGGUUGUAAGUGAUCCGAAGCCUUUAUUGUAACCAGUUAAACACUUUUAAGAGCGGAUUUGUUAUGUUAAAAAACAAUCAUUUGUAACAUAAAAUGGAGCAACUCAAGGAUUUCCAUACAAAUUAUAAAACAAAUAAACGUCAUUCUCUUCUCGUUAAUUCGCUGCUAUUCAUUAAAUCGUUAUCCUUUCUUAUUUUCUGUUUUGAAUAAGUUUAACACGGGGGACCUAAUAAAGUCUAUGUAAAAUAUGUAGGUCGGGUUCAGCUACACGGUGGCGGUCCGGGGUUAGCAAGAAAUAACAUGUAGUUGUGAGUUGUGUACCUUGAAAAGGAAACACACUCCAGAUUUUCUGACAUUCUGUUUUUAUAAUGCCAAAGACGAAGGGGUGCAGUCGGAGGUGCCUGAAUCCGAGGCACCUGAUGAAGACGAAAUGACCGAAGAAGAAAAAGCGAUCCGCAAGGCACGGGACCAGCUACUGUACGCUAUUCGCUUUGAAGAUGAGGGGAGUAUUCGGCGCAUCGUUGAACAGAAUAAGGAGAUUAUCAAAGAAGUAGCUGGUCAACCCACGACCAAUGGGGCAGGGUGGAACGGUCUGGCAGUGGCCGUGUACCACGGACGCCUGGACAUGAUCAAGCUGUUAUUACGACUGGAUGUGCCGGUAGACUCCAGACGACGCGACGGGAUGACACCCCUUAUGCUGGCCGCCUACAAGGGAAACAGGGAAGCGAUGAACAUUUUAGUAGAACAAGGGGCAGAUGUUAACGCCCAAGAUUCGAAAGGUUAUCACGCUUUGUACCUAGCCGUUCAGAAUGGUCACAAGUUGCUGGCUCGUCAGCUUCUCACUUACGGAGCCAACGUUGAUAUGAAAACCAAAGAUGGGUCUUUUGCGUUGGGCGUGGCGGCUCAGAUAGGGCUUCGCGACUUAUGCAGCGGUCUGAUCGGAUGCGGUGCCACCGUCAACUUACAGAAAGACGAUGGCACUUCGAGUCUCCACCUAGCAUGUCAGGAGGGGUAUCUUGAGGUUGUGGAGUUGCUGGUGGACUCAGGAGCCGAUGUAGAUUUGAGAAAACACGAUGGUUCCGGACCUCUCUUUGUCGCGGCCCAAAAUGGCCACUUGGACGUUGUAAAAUACCUGCUAUCUAAAGGGGCCCAAUGUGAACUAGCAAAGUUGGGCGGCUGGGUUCCUCUUCAUGUCGCUUGCCUCAACGGAUACCCUGAUAUCGUAAGAGAGUUACUGGCUGCUGGCUCCUCUGUGAAUCGCCAAGGUGCCGACGGCUGGACGCCCCUGCACGACGCUUGCUGGCGUGGACGGGAAGAAAUUGUAUCCAUUCUGCUUGAAAACGGCGCAGACAUCACACUCAAAAAUCGCAAGAACAGGACGCCCUUGAAACUGGCCGAAGAAAAGGAGUUUGAGAUAGUGGUGAAACAACUUGAAGACUUUGAAAAGAAAGCCGGAUAGGCAGAACAAUAUAUCAUUGGACUAACAAGCGGUUUCUGUAAUGCAUGUGCCACAAAAUGGGUCUCACUAGUGAAGUUUUUAGUAUUGAAUUGGCAUAAAACUUUCUUGAUUUCUAUCACCCUACUUCUGACUUCCGUUUGUGAUCGAUUGGACUAAUUAACUGUAUACGUUUGCGGAAGAGCACAAAGUUAUAGCAAUUCAAACCAGAACAAAAAUAGGAAAUAUCCUAUCACAACUCAUUGAUCGAAUAACUUUUCACGCACGAAAGGUCACGUUCACAAUUACAUUACUUCCUAGACUUGUGAGGAACUAAAACCGCCAAAACCAUAAGAGAUGUUUUCUUGAAAGGAAAGAAAUAUUUCGAACGAUUUUUCGCGCAGAGUUUCAUCUUAUGAACAGUAUUUUAUGCAAUGAGCAGGAGCAUAAUCAAAACAGCUAAAAUUCCAAAGAUGCAUCAACAUUUAAACUAGUUCUUAAGGGAGACUGUACAGAAGUUUUAUCCAAAUUUUGUUCAAGCUUCCCUAUAUUGAUUCAGUGGAACACCAGUGCUUUGAUGGCAUAUAUAGAGUCUUAGUUUUGCGGAGUUAACUACAUUCCAAAUCACAAUCUUGUUAUCGACCAACACUGGGCUAACUUAACCGUUUUACACUAUCACAGAGAAGAAGGCGGUUUGAUCAAGAAAACAGCUUCGACUUCGUCGGGCAACCCAAGUGAUUAAAUUCAAACCAUUUACUUUCUUAAUAUAGCCGUAAAACAUUUUUAGUUAAACCGGCAAGGUUGGUCCCCAGACUCCCCACUAAGCAAAUGCUCAAAUACCGGUUCAGCUAUCAUGAAUUUGAGGUGCCAAAUGUUAUAUAUUUUCAAUUGAAUUUGCUAUUUAUCGUUUGUAUAAUAUUUCAUGUUCUUUUUCAUUUAUUUAAU